AUAUUGUUCAAAGAAAAACAAAAACAAAGAAAACGAAUGACGAGCAAUGACUAUUAUUGGGAAAGUAAAAUUACGAAAGCGACUAAUAUUUAAAAACACCAGUUGAAUAUUUAUAACAAAGUGAGGAAGAAGAGAAAAAAAACAGAAAAACAGUAGAAAUGCACAGUAAGACCGGGAAAUCACAGCUGGCGUGUUAGCCUUAUAUAUAUAUCAAUCAUUUCUUACUCAUAGAUAAUACUCUCUCUCUCUCUCUCUCUGUAUAGUCGUCUCAUUUUCAAUUAUCCGUCCCACCCGUGUCGCCAUCCCUCACAGAUUUAACUGGUUAAAAUCCAUGCACCCAAACACGAACAAAAAAAACAAAUAAUAAAGAGAAAGCCAUAUGUCUCCAUCGCUCCAACCAUAUCCAUCUCCUCCUCAACUCAAGCAACCUCCUUCUGCUUUCCCUCUCCUCUCCUCUUUUUCUUGUUAUUAAAUAUUAAUCUCGUCUGAGCUGUUCAAAUCCCUUACUAAUCCACCAAGCAUUUAAUUAAUAAUAAUAAUAAUAGUAGUAAUUACAAUUGUCAUAAUGACGCGGCUUUUCCGAUCUAAAUCUUGCGGACUCGUCGGCCUCGGAUUCUCCGAUUUCAACCCGGUUCCUCCUCCCGCUCCAUUUUCCUGCCAAAACGACAGCGUACAAGAGAACUCCGGCGAAGAAGAGGAAGAUGAAGAGGAGUAUGAUGAGGAGGAUGAAUAUAAUGAUGACACUGGAGCAUUGAGAAACCCGAUAUCCACUCCCUUUAUUAGUCCCGGGUCGAGAUUUGGUGGCAGAGGAGGGCGAAAUGGUAAUAAUAAUAGUAAUAACAGUAAUCAGUUUGCGAUUGUGGAUAUUUUGGUAACGGCAUUGAGAAAGUCUAUAGUGACGUGUAGUGUAGAGAGGGAAGAUGUGUGUUCGAUGGAUAUAAGCUGGCCUACUGACGUUAAGCAUGUCUCUCACGUGACUUUUGAUCGCUUUAAUGGCUUUCUCGGAUUGCCUACUGAAUUUGAGCCUGACCUUCCGAGGAAGGUCCCUAGCGCCAGUGCAAAUGUAUUUGGAGUUUCUGCCAAAUCAAUGCAGUGUACUUAUGAUGACAGAGGAAACAGUGUGCCCACUAUUCUUCUUAUGAUGCAGAAGCGAUUGUAUGUUGAAGGAGGCCUUAAGGCAGAAGGAAUAUUCCGAAUAAAUGCUGAGAAUAGCCAAGAGGAGUAUGUUAGAGACCAGCUAAACACAGGUGUCGUGCCACGUGGAAUAGAUGUUCAUUGCUUGGCAGGCUUGAUAAAGGCAUGGUUUAGAGAACUACCUUCAGGGGUACUUGAUUCUCUUACACCACAACAGGUGAUGCACUGCAACACAGAAGAUGACUGCACUCAACUGGUGAAGUUGCUUCCUUCAGCAGAAGCUGCACUUCUUGAUUGGGCAAUUAAUCUGAUGGCAGAUGUCGUGGAGCAUGAACAAUAUAACAAGAUGAAUGCCCGGAACAUUGCUAUGGUCUUUGCCCCCAACAUGACCCAGAUGGCUGAUCCUUUGACUGCAUUAAUUCAUGCUGUGCAAGUAAUGAACUUGCUUAAGACACUGAUCUUAAAGAACAUUCGGGAAAGAGAGGAGUCAGCUGCUAAAGCAAGGCUGCUCUCUGCAGGCCCAGAUGCCCCAGGACACAAGAGCGAGUCCUGUGAAUCAAACUUAAACAACGAAUCCUGUGGAAAGUCUCUGGCUGGUUGCACACCUCAGAUACACACUAGUGGUGAGUUCUUGAGGUCUGCCACUAUGAAUAGACUAGAAGCCACCACUGAGGAGAAAUAUUUGAGCAUUGAGAAGAGAAAUGACGGAGAAGAGGAAUUUGAGUCCAUUUCAGGUGGCAGCCCUCCUUCAUUUGAAACGAGAGCCUUGGAAAAUGGAUGUAAAGAAGGAUAUGAUAGCGGGGAUUGGCUAAGUUUGAGAAAAGGGGUGAGAAGGCUAUGCAGACACCCUGUAUUUCACUUGAGUAAGCCAGCUAAUAAGAAGACUGAUGGGAUUGUAAAUAAUAGAGGAGGUGGUGAAGCUUGGGCAUGAUCGUAAUAGGUGUCUCCUGACUUUGUACCUUCUAUGUGUUUUAAAUUGAUGGGUGCAUUGUGUAAACUUAGUGUUAGUAGUAGUAGAUGUAUUAGUUAUCUAGUCAAGAAAAGUGGCGGAAAUCUAAUUUGUUUGGAGGCCUUAACUGAAGCACUUGCUGAAUAGACAAUAAUGUCUCGAGGGUGGAUCCUCACUUUGUAUGAUUUGUGAUAUAAAUUUUGUGUCUUUUAAUAGCAA